AACAAAAAAUUCAGUGACCUUAAUGACAAUAACCAUAAGAUGUGAAUAAUAAAAAAAAACUAUUCAAAGUUCCUCCAGUACAAUAGAAAAACUGCUCCGAGAACUUUCUAUAUUACUUAAAAGUUUGCUAAGAUUAUACACAAACAUAUGUGACUGGACGGGAAUUUUUUUUGUUGUUUUAAAUUAAUUUUUUGUUUUUUUUUAUCGAUUAAGAAUUGUUAAAAAUAAGGAUCACAAUUCAUUUAAAAGAUUAAACAAAAAAAAAAUGUAAUACAUUUUUUACAUUUUUUGAACCAAUUAAGAAUCAUUACAAAUAAGAAUCCUGAUUCAUUUGAAAUAUUAAAAUAAAUAUAUAUUUAUAAAACAACCGUUCAGUCAAAGUUAAUGUGAAAAUAAAGAUAUUAUUAAUUAUAAUGAAAAACAAUGGCUGCCUCAUUAAAACAUACUAAAAAUAUAUUACAUAUAUAUAUUUAUAAAUUUAAAAAAUGUUUUGAACUGAUUAAGAAUCAUUACAAAUAAGAAUCACGAUAAAUUUGAAAGAUUAAAAAAUGUAUAUAUUUAAUUAUAUUUAUAAAAAAGCCGUUUAAUUAACGUUAAUGUGAAAAUAAUAUUAUAAAUUAUCUCGAAAAACAAUGGCUGCCUCAUUAAAAGCAUACCAAAAAAAUAUAACAAAAGGUUUUUUUUCUGUUUUUGUAUACAUUUUUAAUUUUUUUGAACCCAUUAAGAAUCAUUAGAAAUAAGAAUCGCGAUUCAUUCGAAAGAUUAAAAUAAUAAUAAUAAAACAUAAUAUAAAAAGAAAAACAAUAGGUGACCGGCAUGAAAUAUUAUUACAAUCUCAUUCAGCUGUAUUAGUCAUAAAAAGCAACAAAAACAUUAUAACAACAAAAACAUUAUAACAUCAAUAAAAUACAAUAAAAAAACCAGAAGGGGACACAAAACAUUUUCAUUUAACUGUAUUGGUGAGGAAACAAUACAGUACUUAAAUAAUGUUGUUAUUUACUUUUAUAGAAUAAUAUAAUAAUAAUAAUCAAGUAAUUAACUCUAAAGGCUUAGUGGCCACAUGCAUGGACAGCACCUUUUAGCUCUUAUUUCCCAAAUUGUGUCCACUACUGAAUUGGGGUCUUAUGGCCACUUAUGUGGACACUUAUACUGCCAUCUGGUGGUGUCAGAAGAGGAUAACAUACAAUGGAAUUUUGGGGGGAAAAAAUGUGUAAAAAUACGAAUUAGCAUGUCACUAAACAUGAAGUACACGUUUGUGUACUUAUGGACUAAGUAUCAAAAGAUGAUUUUUAGUUUUUAUUCUAAUUAGCCCUAAUAGCAAAGAUAAAUUACAAAAAACAUGCAAACAAACAGCUUGGGCCUUAAGAGGUUAAGAUACAUUUAGUAUUAACAGAAUAAACAGAGAAUAUUUGUUUAUUACAUAGUUAUUUAUGUAUUAAAGGACUGGACUAUAGCAAAUGUUACUUUUGUAAUAUAAAAGUAUUUCUAGUAUGUGCAAGUAGGUUUGUUUUCGGAGUAUUGUGGUGGUAAGUCAACAACGGCCUUGUUUUUGCAGGCCUUCCUCCCUGCAAAACAUCUCCUGGUGUUUGCCCUCCUCCAAUAAAACCCUCCUACUACGAAUUUGCGUGUCUUCCGCUCCAUUUACCCGCCUUUCCCCGCGCCACGCCCCCUUCCCUCGCUCGCCGCCGUUAAACCACGAGACGCCACAAACAAGCGGUUGCUGCACAUUCACUCCACCUUUAUGACCCCCCCCCCCCCUCUUCCAGUCUUAAUGACGGACUCUGACGGAAUUAUUCUGAAUCAUUUCACCCCGAGCUCCAGAUGGCGCUCACCUCCCCCGAGUAGGCAAUUACGUCGGCCUGCUAAAUGUGCCGAUGCUUCCGCGUGGGUGCGUGCGUCUUCUUAUCUGCGUCCUGAUGAUGUGAUGCCUUCGCCGCCCUUGCCUCCGUCCGCGCAGUUCCUGUGGCGCGAUGGUUCGGCGGUGAUCUGAGCGUCUCGAGCGAUGCACGUGGCCGUCAAGGACUGCGUCUCCCUCUUCGUUUACUCCUUCACCUUCCUGCUGGGGCUCCCCGCCAACCUGCUGGUGCUCUUAGUGUACGCCCGCAAGGCCCGCAAGCGCGGCGCCACGCCCAACGUGGUCUACGCCCUCAACCUGUGCCUGGCCAACCUGGCGCUGGUGGCCUGGUUGCCCGUCAAGGCCCUGGAGACCCUGCUUCAGGACUGGAUGCUGCCGGCCCCCGUCUGCCCCGUCUACAGCUUCUUCCUCUUCGCCUCGCUGUACGGAAGCUGCCUCUUCAUCACGGCGGUGACCACGGGACGCUAUCUCAGCAUCGCCUUCCCCAUUAUUUACAAGCGGUACCGCCACGUUCGUAUUUCCUGCUGCAUCAGCGCCGCCUUGUGGGCGCUGGUGCUGCUCCACCUCGGCGUGGGCCUGGUGGCUGAAGGCGGAGCCAACUUCGUGUCCAUUCAGGACGACGCGGCGGCGUGCUACGAUCACUUCAACGCCUCACAGCUGGCCGUGCUGCUUCCCCUGCGCCUGGAAAUGGCCGUGGUCCUCUUCCUCCUGCCGCUGGCGGCGUCGUCCUUCUGCACGCUGCGCUGCGUCGCCCUGGUGUGGCGCUCCAACCUGCGGCCCGCGGGGAAGAGGCGAGUCCUCGCCGUGGCGCUCUCCACGCUGGUGGUGUUUGUGGUGUGCUACGCCCCCUAUAACAUCUCCCACCUGGUCGGGUUCGCCCGGCGGGAGAACGUGGAGUGGAGAAGCUACGCCAUGUUGACCAGUUCCUGCAACGUCUUCCUGGAGCCCGCCGUCAUGCUGAUGCUGUCGCCCGCCGUGUCGAGGGGCGUCAUGGGAAGGACGUGCGGGGGGCGUGGCCAGUUCAGUCGCCAUCGCUGCACGACCCCCAACAUUGUGGCUAACGUCAGGUCCCCUGCGACUAUCACUGAGGGGACUCAGGCUGCUGCUCUAAGUUCCUAAGACUAAGUUCCUCUGGUAAAGAGUAACAGGAGUGAAUGUGAAGCACUUUUUUUUCCCAACGUCUCGUCAUUUUUUAUCCAAAGUUCCUCUGGCAAAGAGUAACAGGACUGAGAGUAACAGGAGUGAGUGUCCAGCACUUUUUUAUAUAAAUAGUUGUAACUAGUUGGGUUGUAAAUGACUUUGUUGAUGUUUUCCUCAUUUGAACAUUGAUGUCGUUGUAAUGGAAAAUAAUGAAACAAAAACAAUGAAAAUAUGUGGCUUUUAUUUUGAAAUUCCGACAAGCCAUCCAGCAAAUUUGAAUAAAAAAAUAGCUCGGUUGCAAAUGACUUUGUUGUUGUUUUCCUCAUUGUUCAUUUGAUGCAGUAGUAAUGGAAAAUAAUGAAACAAAAAACAAUGAACAUAUGUGGUUUUAUUUUGAAAUUCCGACAAAGCUAUCGAGCAAAGUUGAAGGAAAAAAUACGUGGGUUGUAAAUGACCCUGUUGAUGUUUUCCUCAUCGUACAAUUUAUGUAAUUGUAAUGGAAAAUAAUAAAACAAAAACAAUGAAAAUAUGUGGCUUUUAUUUUGAAAUUCCGACAAGCCAUCCAGCAAAGCUGAAGAAGAAAAAUAGCUGGGUUGCAAAUGAAUUUGUUGUUUUCCUCAUUGUAAAAUUGAUGUAGUUGUAAUGGAAAAUAAUGACACAAAAACAAUGAAGGUAUGUGGCUUUUAUUUUGAAAUUCUGACAAAGGUUUCGAGCAAAGUUGAGGGAAAAAAUACGUGGGUUGUAAAUGACUCUGUUGAUGUUUUUCUCAUCGUAAAAUGUAUGUAGUUGUAAUGGAAAAUAAUGAAACAAAAACAAUGAAAAUGUGUGGCUUUUAUUCUGAAAUUCCGACAUGCCAUCCAGCAAAGUUAAAUACAAUAAAUAGCUGGGUUGCAAAUGACUUUGUUGUUGUUUUCCUCAUUGUUCGUUUGAUGCAGUUGUAAUGGAAAAUAAUGAAAGAAAAACAAUGAACAUACGUGCUUUUAUUUUGAAAUUCCGACAAAGCUAUCGAGCAAAGUUGAAGGAAAAAAUACGUGAGUUGUAAAUGACUGUUGAUGUUUUCCUCAUCGUAAAAUUUAUGUAGUUGUAAUGGAAAAUAAUGAAACAAAAACAAUGAAAAUGUGUGGCUUUUAUUCUGAAAUUCCGACAUGCCAUCCAGCAAAGUUAAAUAAAAUAAAUAGCUGGGUUGCAAAUGACUUUGUUGUUGUUUUCCUCAUUGUUCGUUUGAUGCAGUUGUAAUGGAAAAUAAUGAAAGAAAAACAAUGAACACACGUGCUUUUAUUUUGAAAUUCCGACAAAGCUAUCGAGCAAAGUUGAAGGAAAAAAUACGUGAGUUGUAAAUGACUGUUGAUGUUUUCCUCAUCGUAAAAUUUAUGUAGUUGUAAUGGAAAAUAAUGAAACAAAAACAAUGAAAAUGUGUGGCUUUUAUUCUGAAAUUCCGACAUGCCAUCCAGCAAAGUUAAAUAAAAUAAAUAGCUGGGUUGCAAAUGACUUUGUUGAUUUUUUUCCUCAUUGUAAAAUUGAUGUAGUUGUAAUGGAAAAUAAUGACACAAAAACAAUGAACGUAUGUGGCUUUUAUUUUGAAAUUCUGACAAAGGUUUCGAGCAAAGUUGAGGAAAAAAAUAUGUGGGUUGUAAAUGACUCUGUUGAUGUUUUCCUCAUUGUAAAAUGUAUGUAGUCGUAAUGGAAAAUAAUGAAACAAAAACAAUGAAAAUGUGUGGCUUUUAUUCUGAAAUUCCGACAUGCCAUCCAGCAAAGUUGAAGAAAAAAAAUAGCUCGGUUGCAAAUGACUUUGUUGAUUUUUUUCCUCAUUGUAAAAUUGAUGUAGUUGUAAUGGAAAAUAAUGACACAAAAACAAUGAACGUAUGUGGCUUUUAUUUUGAAAUUCUGACAAAGGUUUCGAGCAAAGUUGAAGGAAAAAAUACGUGGGUUGUAAAUGACUCUGUUGAUGUUUUCCUCAUCGUAAAAUGUAUGUAGUUGUAAUGGAAAAUAAUAAAACAAAAACAAUGAAAACGUGUGGCUUUUAUUCUGAAAUUCCGACAUGCCAUCCAGCAAAGUUAAAUAAAAUAAAUAGCUGGGUUGCAAAGGACUUUGUUAAUGUUUUCCACAUUGCAAAAUUGAUGCAGUUGAAAUGGAAAAAAAUGACACAUUUAAAAACAAUGAAAAUGAAGCUUUUAUUUUGAAAUUCCGACAAGCUAUCCAGCAAAGUUGAAGAAAAAAAUAGCUGAGUUGCAAAUGACUUUGUUGAUUUUUUUCCUCAUUGUAAAAUUGAUGUAGUUUUAAUGGAAAAUAAUGAAACAAAAACAAUGAAAAUAUGUGGCAUUUAUUUUGAAAUUCCGACAAGGAUAUCAAGCAAAGUUGAAGAAAAAAAUAGCUGUGUUACAAAUGACUGGGUUGAUGUUUUCCUCAUUGUAAAAUUGAUGUUGUUGUAAUGGAAUAUAAUGAAACAAUAACAAUGAAAAUAUGUGGCUUUUAUUUUGAAAUUCCGACUAGCCAUCCGGGAAAGGUGAGAAGAAAAAAAAAUAGUGCAGUUGUCAAUGACUCUGUUGAUGUUUUCCUCAUUGUAAAGUUGAUGCAGUUAUAGUAGAAAAUAAUGAACCUAAAAUAAUGAAAAUAUGUUGCUUUUAUUUUGUAAUUCUGACAAGCUAUGCAGCAAAGUUGAAUAAAAAAAAAACUGGCUUGUAAAUGACUUUGCUGAUGUUUUUCCUCAUUGUAAAAUUGAUGUAGUUUUGAUAGAAAAUAAUGAAACAAAAACAAGGAACAUAUGUGGUUUUAUUUUGAAAUUCCGAAAAGCUAAGUUGGAAAAAAAAAAAACCUCCGUUUGCAAAUGACUUUGUUGAUGUUUUCCUCAUUGUAACAUUGAUGUUGUUGUAAUGGAAAAUAAUGAAACAAAAACAAUGAACUUGUGUGGCUUUUAUUUUGAAAUUCCGACAAGCUGUCCGUCAAAGUUGAAGAAAAAAAUAGCUGGGUUGCAAAUGACUUUGUUGAUGUUUUCCUCAUUGUAUGAUUGAUGUAGUUGAAAUGGAAAAUAAUGAGACAAAAAAAAAAAAUGAAAAUGUGGCUUUUAUUUUGAAAUUCUGACACACCAUCCAGCAAAGUUGAAGAAAAAAAUAGCUGGGUUUCAAAUGACUUUGUCGAUGUUUUCCUCAUUGUAAAAUGUAUGCAGUUAAAAUGGAAAAUAAUGAAACAAAAUAUUUGACUUUUAUUUUGAAAU